AUGGGGUUCAACCCUCCGGUGCCGCAGCAGGACAGCAACCGGGAGAUCCGGGAAGCGGUGCAGGUGAGCCUCCUCCUCCAGAUCCUCCUCAUCUUCGUCGGCCGCGUCCGCAAGCGCUCCUCCCACCCCUUCCCGCGCUUCACCGUCUGGUCCUGCUACCUCCUCGCCGACUGGGUCGCCGACCUCGCCCUCGGCCUCCUCCUCAACAACAUGGGCAACAUCGGCGGCGGCGGCGGCAGAGGCAGCUCGUCGUCCAGCUUCGGCCUCAAGCGCGGCGGCGGCGCGAACGACAACGAGCUGUGGCUCCGCCACCUCAUCGGCCUCCUCUUCGAGCUCUUCUCCGCCUUCGUCAUCUUCUUCUGCUCCCUGCGCGGCAACCCCAUGAUCCACGCCACCGUCCUCAUGUUCGUCGCCGGCAUCAUCAAGUACGCCGAGCGAACCUACUCGCUCUACUCCGUCAGCGUCGACGGCUUCCGCACCAAGAUCCUCGACCCGCCGGAGCCCGGCCCCAACUACGCCAAGCUCAUGACCGAGUUCGACUCCAAGUACAAGGCUGGCCUGGCCGUCGAGAUCACCAUCGCCGACGGCGAGGCCAGCAAGGCGCAGAAGGAGAUGGAAGAGAAAGAAGCCACGCGCUUGGUGCUGCACGCCAACAAGAGCGUGGAGGCGCGCGCGUACGAGUUGUUCGUCAUCUUCCGCCGCUCGGUGAAUGGCAUGCUAAGCUUCAAUGAUCGCCGCAACAACCAGGCGUUCUUACUGCAGCGCCCGGCCCUCACGCCCGGCGAGGCGUUCGAGGUCAUCGAGGUGGAGCUCAACUUCAUCUACGACAUGGUCUACACCAAGGCGCCGGUCACCCACACCGGCCACGGAUUGGUCCUCCGCUGCGUCUGCUCCGGCUGCCUUGCCGCCGCGCUCGCCAUCUUCCUCCUCCUCGACAAGCGCCGCCACAACAUCAGCCGCGUCGACACCGGCAUCACCUACGCGCUGCUGCUCGGCGGGCUGGCGCUCGACGCGGUGGCGCUGCUCAUGCUUUUGUUCUCCAACCGCGUCACCGUCUUCCUCGAGCAGUCGCAGCGGCUGAGGUGGCUGGUGCGGCUGACCCGGGCGGCCAAGCGGUCACGGCGGACGCGGCGCUGGUCGGGGAAGACCUCGCAGCUCAACCUCAUCGGCUACUGCCUGGGCAAGCCGGAGCAUAACAGCAGGAGAGGGCGUUCCCGCUGGUGGCUCAAGGUCGCCUACAAGGUCGGCCUCGAGGACAUCGUCGACGACCUCAUCUUCAUCCGGCGCGAGCCGCUUAUGAAGGAGGGAUCCAGCAGCAGCAGCAGCAGCCUCCUCGAGUUCAUCUUCAAUGGCCUCAAGGGCGCGGCCAUUAAUACUAAGCUGGAAAAGAAGGAGGACAUUAUGGAGGUGUGCGGCCGCCGAGGCAAGGGUGUCGUCGAGGACCACGAGAAGCAGAUCAUGAAGGCGCUCAAGAUCGAUAACAAGGACGAACACCUCGAGGAGCAGAUCAUGGAGGCGCUCAAGAACAAGGACGAGCGCCUCGAGGAGUGCGUCAAGAACGCACUCAAGAUCAAGGACAUGCGGCUCGAGGAGUACAUCAAGAAGGCGCUCAACAUCAAUGACGACGGACGCCUCAAGGAGCAGGUCGAGGAGGCGCUCAAGAACAAGGACGGACGCCUCGACGAGCAGACCAUCAAGGAGGUGCUCAAGAACUAUAACAAGGCCAAAAAGUUCAAACUCAUCCUGGACAGCGUGACCGAGAGUGACUUCGACGAGUCCCUGCUGCUGUGGCACGUCGCCACCGACCUGUGCCGCCUCAAGGACAACCAAGGGCCGGCGGUGGAGCGCACCGCACGGAUGCAGGCCAUCGGCGAGAUCCUGUCGGAGUACAUGCUGUACCUGCUCAUCAAGCAGCCGGAGAUGCUGUCGGCCACGGCGGGCAUCGGGCGGUUCCGCUACCGGGACACCUGCGCCGAGGCGCAGCGCUUCUUUGCCUCCAUGGACGCGUGGGUCGGCGACCACGAGGAUGCCCGGGUAAUGCUGCUGGGGGUCAACACGUCACAGAAGCCGUCGACGGUGAAGGGCGACCGGAGCAAGUCGGUGCUGUUCGACGCCGUCAUCCUGGCUAAGGUGCUCAGGGAGCUCGACGACGGGCUCAUGUGGGAGGUGCUGACGGGGGUGUGGGGGGAGAUGCUGACGUACGCGGCGGGCAAGUGCCGCGGGAGCACGCACGUGCGGCAGCUCAGCCGUGGCGGCGAGCUCAUUACCCACGUCUGGUUCCUCAUGGCGAACCUGGGCCUCAGCGACAUGUACCAUAUCCAGGAGGGGGACACGCCAAGGCCAAGCUCAUCCGCCAAGGGCCCCUCCUCCCGCGCCCAACCCCCGCGCCGCCAGUGGGGAACGCAGGCGUCGCGUGGAGGCGGCGCGCUGUGGGUGAAGGAGGCGGCCAUCAAGGAGGAGGGGCUGCUAGGGAUGGACGAUGACGGCAACGACUGGUACGGCAGCGAUGGGUGGAGCAGAAUCCCCAAGCGGGUCCGCUAUGGGAUCCCCUUCGUGGGGGCAUUCUUUGGCCUCUUCUUCUUCUUCGCGCUCAUCCUCUAG